AAAAGCUUCUCACCUUUUUAUGCUGUGCUUCAGGAAAACUAUUAUCAGAUCCUAAAGCCUUUGGUGAGGAGUGAGAGUGUCCCUGCAUCUGCAAGUGGAUAAGGUUGCCACAGCAGAAUGUACAUGCACAUUGACGUUCUACUGGCCGGACUUUUCAUUGGGGUCUUCGUGAGCAGCAGUGAUACAAUUUCUCCACCCGUUCUCAGUGCAUCACCGAAUCAUAGAUUCUACUAUAAAGGAGAGGCUGUGACUCUGACUUGUGCUACCCUGGGAGAGUACAGACGCGCUCACUUUACCUUUUAUAAGAACUCUGAAUACAUCCGAAAUGAUAACACCUACAUCUAUCAUAUCUAUGGCAUGGAUUACUCUGAUGUAGGGAAGUAUGCUUGUGAUUUCUGGUCUGGCAGUGGUGCAUCUCUUAGAAGUAAUGAAGUCUCAUUAUUCCUAUUUGACAGGUCACCAGCUCCAGAUAUUUCUCUCAAUCCUUCACUCUCUGAGUACAGCAUGGCAGACUCAAUCACCAUAGUGUGUUCUCCUCCCAAGACCUUGGUGGUGAAGAAGAUUCAGUUUUAUAAGGAAGGGCAUCUCCAACCUUUAAAGUCGGCAGAAGAUAACACAUUUGUGGUCACAUGUAAUAAAGAAGUUGCUGGGAGAUAUUUUUGUACUUAUACCCUAGAAAUACAAGAGAGAUUGAUCACUUCGUUGUAUAGUCAACAUAUAAUAGUGAAUGUUUCUGCUUCCAUAGCACAAACUACAGCAGCUGCAAUAAUUCCAGAGACAUCUACACUUGACAAGUCAAGCAUGAUAAGGGGCACAGAGACAUUUAACUCCACUCAAAGCAGUAAAGUCAUAAAUUCAACAAGUGAGUAG